GCCGAGCCGUCGGAGCGCGGCGAGCGCCGCGUGAACCCGCUGCACAUCCAGAUGCUGUCCCGUAACCUCCACGAGCAGAUCUUCCGCGGGGCGAGCGUGCGGCACUCGGAGGCGGCCGUGCGGCGCAGCAUCGAACACCUGCGGCGGCACGGUUUGUGGGGCCGGCACGGCCCGUCGCUGCCCGACGUGAGUUUGCGUUUGCCCCGCAUGUACGGCGCCGACAUCGACGAGCAUUUCCGCCGCCUGGCGCAGAAGCAGAGCCUGCCCUACCUGGAGGCGGCCGAGGAGCUGCUGCGCU